AUGUCUCCAUCAAAGCCCUCUGAAGCUCCACAGGGCCCUCCCCGGUCCGGCAGUGUGCGGAGGCCUCCCUACUCCUCUGGUGAGCUGCUGGGCCUAGAGUACCUGUAUAGUCAGAUUGGCACAACUCUAACUGUGGAAGAGGUCCCAAAGGAGGAGCAGCAGGGGGCCCCAGCAGAAGAGCAGCAGGAGGCCCCAGCAGAAGAGCAGCAGGAGGCCCCAGCAGAGGAGCAGCAGGACGAAGGCUUUGUAGAUGGAGAGACAGACGUUUCUGCCCGUGUGCUCAUGAGUCCGAGUCUUAGGAGGCUGAUGAGUCUGAGCAUCAGCCCCCAGCCCUCCAGACCUGGAUCAACCACCACACAGGCCCCUGUUCUUGGACCUGAUGGAGCAGCUGGCUGGGAGAAGGUCCAGGAUUUGGCAGAGCACCUGCUGUCCCUCCGAGACGCAGCAUACCUCGAUGAGCAGCAGGUCACGCAGACCAUCCGCCUCUGGGGGGCGCUGUCUGACAGAGACAAGAGACUCCACUACCAGCUGAAGCGGCCCAAGGGAGGCCGCCAGGCCACAAAAGGAGGCAUGGUGAAGCCGGGUGUGGCAGGGCCCAGCCGCUUAAUGGAAGCCAUGAGCCUCAAACUGAGGGCCCUGCACAAGUCUUCUCACCGGCGGGACAGGGACAGAAACAGUCUUCCUCUGUGGAAGAAAAUGCUCACGGACUACAACCACAUCAGAGAGCUGGUGCGGAGCUGCCACGCCCUGAUGGAGGCCACUUCUCUCCAUCUGUUUCUGCCCAAUGAGAAGACCAUUGUUCAGUGGUUUCAACGUAUGAAGCAAAAACAUGAAUCAAGUGUACUACAAGAGGGUCUGGCCAGACAGAGCCUCCCAUCGACUAGUUCUCAGCAGGAGGAGACUCCAUCCACAGGACGGGCCUCGAAGCUGCGGCCGGGGAGAAAAGCUGCAAGUGCCACAGCAGUGCAGCCUCUCGCCCCAGCUCCUCCUCAGCUCCUCCCUCUCCCAGCAGCUGCUCCUCUGUCUGGGCUGUUUAUCCUCAGCCCAGUGGGGAUGUCUCCUCGGCCAGCUCUGUCUGUCUGUGGGCCCUUUGCAGUUCCUCCGUCACAGCCACAGCAGCCCCAGGCACCCGGAGCCUCUCCAGUCACGUCCCGCUCCACAUUUUAUUACAAGCCUGAAGACAAUUACAAAGGCAGUAAGAAAAGAAGAAUCGCCAGCGCCAUACACACCUGCUCAAAGUGCAAGCAGCCGAAAACAAAAGAGUUUGGACACCGUAAUUAUGGCACUGCCUACUUCUGCCCUCAAGCCUCGGAGGGCAAAUCUGUAGAGCAGUGGUUAGAGGAGCAGAGGCAGAAGGAUAAGCCUGAGAAUCCCUCUAUUCUCCCAAACAUGUAA